UUUCUCUAUGCCACAGACGCCAAAUGUCGCCAUCGAUCAAUGACAUUUUGUAAAGUUGAAUUUAUUGAUAUAAAGCGUUAAUGUAAAUAAUAAACAAUUUAAUCAUAAACGUCGACUUCCAGUCGAUAUGUAUGCCAAGGGCAAAGGCUCUACGGUGCCUUCGGACGCUCAGGCUCGCGAAAAGUUGGCCCUCUAUGUGUACGAGUACCUGCUUCAUGUUGGGGCACAGAAGGCGGCGCAGACGUUUCUCUCAGAAAUACGAUGGGAGAAGAACAUAACGCUCGGGGAGCCGCCGGGGUUCCUGCAUUCGUGGUGGUGCGUGUUCUGGGACCUGUACUGCGCGGCGCCGGAGCGCCGGGACACUUGCGAACACUCUUCUGAGGCUAAGGCCUUCCAUGACUACGGCUUCGUUAAUUCUGGAUAUGGAGUGAACGGGAUUGGACACAAUGCCGGUCCGGCACCUCCUAAUGACGGCAUGGGUGGCGGAGGCAUGCCACCCGGUUUCUUCCCAAACUCCUCACUCCGGCCAUCACCGCCCGCACCUCACCCCGGCUCACAACCUUCUCCGCACGGCCCGCAGCCUCAGCUCAUGGGCUCGCAGCCCUUCAUCGGGCCUUGGUACGCCAGUGGACCUCGCCAGCCUGUUAGGAUGGGGAUGGGCAACGAUUUUAACGGACCGCCAGGUGGCGGUAUGAUGGGCAACUCGAUGGAGCGCGGCGGCGGCGGCGCGGCGGCGCUGCUGGGGCCGCGCAUGACCCCGCCCCGGCCCGGCUGCGGACCCAUGUCCCCCGGCGCCUACUCCGGCAUGCGCGGCCCCCCGCCGCAGGGACCAGGUAUGCCACCAAUGGGUAUGGGUCCCCGCGGCGCUUGGGCGGGGGGCAGCGGAAGCGGCGCGGCGCCGCUCAACUACAGCGGCGGCUCGCCCGGCUACGGCGCGCCGCCCGGCUCCAACGGCCCGCCCGGCCCGCCCACGCCCAUCAUGCCCAGCCCGCAGGACUCCUCCAACUCAGGGGGCGACAACAUGUAUACACUGAUGAAACCGGUCGGCGCAGCGCUCGGGGCGGAGUUCCCGCUGGCGGGGGAGCACCCCGCGCCCCCGCACUUACCACAACCUCCGGCUACUGAAGGCCUCGGCGGCGUGGACGGAAUGAAAUCGUCUCCGGGCGGCGUGGGCGGCGGCCCCGGGACUCCGCGCGAGGACUCCGGCUCCGGUAUGGGGGACUACAACUUAAGUUUUGGAGGGCCAGGCGGUGACCAGAACGACCAGACAGAGUCCGCCGCCAUCUUGAAAAUCAAAGAGAGCAUGCAGGAGGAAGCGAAGCGGUUCGAAAAGGAUCCUGACCACCCGGACUAUUUCAUGCAGUGAAUUUGUUAACGCGCGGCCAACUUGCCAAAAUUCGGUAUCAAUUUCGGUUUCGGCUAAAGGGGUAUGGGACAGCACUAAAGGUCAUAUUUUGUAUUUUUUUCGGUAUCAGUUUCGGCUAAAGCAGUGUGAAACAACACUAUUGGGUAUUUGACUGUAUUUAAAAUAAAUUAUUUUACACCGUGCAUGAAAUAUAGCACCAAAAGAUUAAUAGAGAAACGUAGACAGCAGUUAUUUUUAGACACAAUUUCUAUUUUAAAACCCGUAUAAAACUAUAAAGAGUAGGUAAUUUGAUUGUGACAUCACAUGCUAGUGUUUCAUAUAAAUUUCAUAGUAGCAAUAUCGUUUUGACAGUUCGAAAAAAGAAACUGACUAGUAGUCAAAUACCCUAUUCGAGGUCAUACAAUGUUUACGUUCUUGCUCCUAAUAGCAAUAGAGAACAGAGAUUAAUUCGAUUUCCUCGAAAGAAAAACAUUUUGAAGGCUUGAUAGUCUUGAUACCAUAAGAAGAAAAUACAAGGUUUGUUAAACUACAUUUUUAUCAAGCAGAUAUGUCUACAUUUUUAAUAAAAAGAAAGAAAAGGAAAAAUUCAACGUUUCGAACAAGACUCGAAUCGGCAACCUUUAAUAACACCUGUCCAAUCGCUUUUAAUCAUUCUUAAAAAUGUAUACAAGAUUUAUUUUAAUAAAUGAAAAGUUAUCUUAUAUAAUUUAAAGAUAAUAGUUUCGUCAGACAUAUUUCAAAAAAAUUAAGAAAAAGUCCCAUAACUUCCUAACCCCAUUUUACAAAUUAUGAUCUCAAAUUUAUCCUAAAUGGUGGGUUGGCGCGAUACCGUUAAUGUUGAUCUGAUAAAUACGAUUUUGUGUAAUAGCUUCGUCAAGUUUCUUUGCUGGUUUAUUUAUUUUAACACUUCACGGUUCUCGGGUCUUAGUCGGGUAACCGCAGUAUUUCGAUACGAUGAAUUUAUUUAUUUCGAAUCACAAUUUUUAAAUUAUAUUAGUAAAAUUGUACAACUGAAGGCGCAUUCCAGAAAAGGGUCAGGUACGUGACGCGUAUUUAUAACACUUCCGAUAAAGCUAAGAAGCCGAUAUUUGGAAUAAAAUUUGAUAACUUAGCUUUCAAUUAAAUAUAGAUUUCUACAGGUUAUUAAGGUCUCUGCCUUACGCGUCACGUCCCUGACAAAGUAGACCUUUUUUGAAUGCGCCAUUAUGUAUAAAAACUGGUAUUUAUUUCAACUUUGGUUUCGGCUAAACCUCUAUCUUAUCCGAUUUAACAGUUUAUGUAUAUGAAGGUGGUUUUUAAUACUGUGGAAAUAGUGUAAUACCCGAAAUUCUUUAGAAAAUUGUUCGUGUAUUAACACCAUUUAGUUUAUUUUUAUUUCGAAUAACAUAUUAUGUAAUUUAUGUAUGUAUUGAUUAUACAUAGGUGUUUUUAUCUGUGACGUGAUUUCAAGUAUUCUCAUAUUUGAAAUUGAUUUUAUAAUGUUCUCUUCAGUUGUAGCAGGAUUAUAAUGUGUUAAAACUAUUUAGUCGAUGCAGCUAAGUUAUACGGAAACCAGUUAAUUAAUUGCCCUUCGCCUAUCUAUGUAUUGAUGUACAUAAUUAUAAAUUAACGUUAAAACGGUAUGUUUUGACGUAAAUAUUUAUACAUACUUGCUACUUAUAAAUAGACCAAGACCACUUAUAGUUUUUGGGCUAUUGUUAUCGUGUUUAAUUAUAAAUUGCAGCUUUUUUUUAUCCCACAAAAUAAUGUUCCUUUAUUUUCUAUUGAUGUACCAUAAUCUGUAAUGAUCUCAACAGAAUUGCGUUACAAAUAUUUUGAUGUGACUGUUGAGUUUUAAGACCAGUCCAGUCGGGAACAAUUUUUCACCAUUCUGAUUAAAUUGUCUGAUCUCAUCAGGUGGUGCGGACGCAAACGCCAAUUUGGCGAACCGAAUUCGACCACCGAUUAUGACAGAUAUUAGCGAUAAAAUGAUGGUGCAUCCGCAAAAAUAUCAAUUUGUGACGCUAGUAUUCGCAUUUGGGGGCAUUUUUUACGCUUAAAACUCAUAUAUAACCAUAAAUCUAAAAUUGGAGAUUAACGCCAAUUUCUUUUCCGAUCAAAUCGGUCGAAUAGAUCAUCCCGUCUGGACUGACCUUUAGACUCCCACUGCUGGUUUAUGAAUAUGUUUUACACUGUUUAAGCCUGGUACAACGGAAGCUUUCUUGAAAGCGCACCGAUAUUACAUUUGUGUGUUCCGAUAACAUUUUUUAACUAAACAUCUUACACGUUUUAAAUAAAUUAUUUAGAGUAUUUCGUUUUAAGCUCUUAAUGUUCCUAGAUUUGUAUUUUUUAUAUUUUAAGUUCACUAAGCGGUUUCAGCCGCGAGUUUUAUGAAUUUGAAAAAAUGCGCAAAUAUUUAAUUUGAAUUUAAAAAUUUAAAUCUUUAAUUCGAUGCUGAAAAAAGUCGUGAUUUUAUUUUAAAAGGUUCCAUUUUAGUCGCGUAUUGCGUCGAUAUUAGAUUAGAAAAAUAAACCUCUUUUAACUUUUAUAUAGUACACUUUUUAUAGUACAGUCGGCCGAGGUGGUCACAAUAUCUGAACACGCACUCUAACGCCCUGACAAUAGAGGCGUGUUCAGAUAUUUGUGAGCACCUUGGGCGCUCCGAUAUAUCUGAUGGCGACUGUACGUAUGGCCCUUUAAAUUUUUGACGUAGUUACGUAAUGUGCUAAUUAUCGUACUAGCACCAUAAUGUACUGUAAACGUUGUUCUAAUUCAAACUUAGAAUAUUCAAAGUAAUGUUAAUACUUUUUUUAUAACAUCAACGUCAUAAUUUGCAUAUAUGCGCAUUUUUUCUCAUUCCUCAUAUCAGCUGGUUGAAUUCCGGAAUACGGUUUCCGAAAAAACGGUUUCGGCAAAAUAAUUUUCGGCUAAAAUUCGGCGUCAACGAGAGCUUACGAAAGUUUCUAUUUACCUUACAAAGACGCGUAUUUGCCGAAAAUUGUUUUCGUAUUUCGGAUCUGCAUUUAUUCAUGUUUAUAUGAAAAUAUGGAUUGUGGAAGCUAUUCUCAAAGCUUAUUGUAUUUCGGAGCGUUGUCGAAAAUUGUACAACUCACUUAUGAGUCACACAAACCUUGCCGCCGCCAUACAAUCGGAGUUACGCUCUCAUUUGGAAAACAACGUUAUGAAAUAACAUGAAUUUUGACAUGGACUUUCAAGUACCAUAUAUCUGGUGUCUGUUACUAGUUUUCGUUGCUAGAAAUUGUAAUACAUAUAAAUUAAAUUAAAGUAGAAAAUUUACAUACAAAACUUAUCACUUUAUGUCGCAUCGGUCUACGCGUCGAACGCUGAGGGUCUACCGCGAAAAUCGAAAUUUCGUUAUCUGCCUCUAUCACUCGAAUAUGUAAGAGAAUUUUCUCGGCAGAUCCUCUGAUUUGAACAGUUCAAUGCAGCGUUUAACGCGUAGAACUAUUAUUACCGAUUUCAUGAAAUUAUUGAAAAAUUUGUCAUUGAGAUUUUCGGCGAUUUGAAUUCGGCCAUAGAACUCAAACUAUAAAUAGACGUAUGUUUUUCGACAAUGCCUUCAACGUGGAGAAUUUUAUACGAGAUAGCGUGGCGGAUUUUUUCUGGUAUCGUGUGUAGAAUAGGGUUUUUUUCUCGGGGUGUAUGGAAAUCUGUAUAAAUUAGAUUAUUUCUUAGAGAUUCGGCGAGGUAGGUGUUAAGUUAGGAGCGUCGGCUCUGUCCAUAGUUUGAGCAAGUUUGGGUUCCUUUAGUGAAACCAAAAAAUGAUAAUCAUAAAACCGGUAUCGGUUUUGAAUCUCGACUGACGGCGCACAUCACUAUUUUUUUUUAAUGUAAAUAAAUUCCAUUUGAAUAUGGCGUAAGUAUAUUGUUUUUUAUAAAAUUUUACGUGACAAGAGAAAGUAAUAUAUCAAGUUUUUAGCAAAAUUUACACUAAACGGACCCAAAAAUUGUAAAAUAAUUGCAGCGUUAAAAAAAAGAAUAGUUUGUAAGAAAUUAGGUGUUAACUUAAAAAAAAAAAAUUCGACAAUGCAAUUGAAUAAUAUGCAAGUUUUUUAAAAAUAAUUUAAUUCGAUUUUUUUAAUUUAAUCUUUUAAAAAUACGUGUAGUGUGAGGUUGUAUGUUGUUUUAAGGUAUAUUAUUUCCUUCAUUUUUGUGUUAGGCAAAUGAAUUAUUUUUUUCUAAUCGAUGUAAUGUUUAUAUACUUAAAUAAAUAGUUAUUAUAUAUUA